AAAUAAGGCAAAAACCACCUCGUUAAGGAAGGGGGGCGCCCCUUCGGUUCCCACCACCUCGAAUUUCAUCUACAUUCAAAAUCGUUGACUUUUAGUUUGACCUCUUUUCUCUCAAAACUUUUGCUUUUUCCUUUUUCUUUCUUUAUUUCUCUUUUGUCGCUUUUACUAGAUUUCCAGUGUUAAAAGAGGGAAACCCCCAAAACCCUCCAUAAAUUUUUCACACCCAAUUCUCCAAUUAGUUUUCAGAUAUCCGCUUCAAAAAAAUUGAAGCAUCGCCAUGGAUUUCUCGGCGGACGAAUCGCCGUCUGCCAGAGCUCUUGGCCCGCUGUUUAAACUCACAGAAGUUCACUUAUGGGACGAUUGCACAACUGAAAUGCAAGAAUCACUUUGCAUUCAUGAAACGAUUAAACUUAAUUACGGCGAUAAGGAUUACGGAAAAAGCGAAUGCGAUAGGAUUAAUGUAUUCGGUUCGUCGGCAGAAGAUGUAGAACUAGCCAAACAGCUGAAUGAUUUGGGACUUCCGCUUUCUUUUCGUACGAAUAAGAAGACUAGGCAAGGAGUGAACAACGGUAAAAAAAAAGGCACAAGAAAGAAAAGUCAACAAAUCCCAAUUGAAUUCGAUGACUACAUGCUAGAUUCAACAAAAACGAGCGACAAUAGUUUUCUUAAUACCUCCAAAACGUCUGAUCAAAAUGAAAUUUCAGACAACGGAAUCACAAUAGACAUAGACGGUUUAUCCAACCUCUCUCUCGAGCGGGGCGACUCAGUGGGGUCCACCACCGCGUGCACGACUAGUACCCUAAGGAAUGAAGACGGUACCUUACUUCUCACCUCCUCGACACUCGGCAGUAACAUGUCGGACGAAGCGGAGUCUAUAAACAAGGCUGUCGAUUUCGAUAAAAUUGAAAAAAAAUCAACUAUCCAACAACACCAUCAAAUAGGUGAAUCUGGUGCGUGGAAAGCAUAUUAUGAUGAUUUCUACAUGAGAACGUAUUUCUACAAUAUCGAAACCGAGGAAUCUACGUGGGAGAUUCCUUCUGGAAUGGAGCACUUUGUGAACUGGCCGACGGGCAGUGAACAGGUGGAUAUGAUGACUAUAUCGGGAAAUUGGAUUUCUACUGAUAAUGUCAUGACAACUGUCACGAGGCAAAAGAAAGCCAGGAGAACUAAAUCUACUGGGAAAUUGCCCGUUUCAAGUGAAGAAAUGCAAGGAGUUUUGCAAGAAGUGUGUCCGAGUAUAAGCAAAUACUGGUGCCAAAGGUACUUGUUGUUCUCGAGAUUCGAUUCUGGAAUUAAAAUGGAUGAAGAAGGAUGGUUCUCUGUUACACCAGAGACUCUAGCAAAGCAUCAUGCGGUUCGUUGUGGUAGUGGUGUAAUUGUCGAUGUUUUCACUGGAGUUGGUGGCAAUGCUAUUCAAUUCGCACAACGGAGUAAACAUGUGAUUGCAAUCGAUAUUGAUCCGAAUAAAAUUGACUAUGCACGGCAUAAUGCAGCCAUAUAUGGUGUUGACGACAACAUAGACUUCAUAACGGGCGACUCUUUUUCUUUGGCACCUAAAUUAAAGGCAAACACUGUAUUUAUGUCUCCACCAUGGGGUGGUCCUGCUUAUUCCAAAGUCAAGAAAUUCGAUAUCAACACUAUGCUUAAGCCACACGACGGCCAAUUUCUCUUCGAUGCUGGAAAGAAAAUUGCUCGCAAAAUCGUCAUGUUUCUCCCUAGAAACGUCGAUAUUGAUCAGUUGGCUGAGUUGUCUUUAUCUGCUACCCCUCCUUGGUCUUUAGAGGUAGAAAGGAACUACUUAAAUGGCAGAUUGAAGGCUGUGACAGCAUAUUUUCUAGAACCCACCAUGUCUUAACAUCGAUUUGGCCUAUGUACAAGUUUGGUCGGAAUUUAUCGGGGGUUGUCUAUAGAUCUGUCCUAAAGAAAGGUGUUGUAUUGUAUGGAGAAAAUGUAAAUAUUAGGUAUGUAUCUAUGGGGGUUGUAGAUGUAAAUAUUGAAAUAAUAGCUUGGAUUGUUGUCACAAGAACCUAUUGAAUGCAUAAUAAUAUAUGAAUAAGCAUGUGUAAUAAACUAAUAAGCCUUUGUAUAGACAAGUAUUUGUCCCAAUAAUUAUUGGAAAAUUAAUUUCGCAGGUUUUUUUUU